AGGACUGAUGGAGGGAGGCAAGUUGUGAGAAAAGAGCAAGAUGGUUUAACAUCCCCUAAAAUAUCAUAUAUUUAAUUAAAAUGGCAGAAGCGAGUCCGCUGAGAGGGCUGCCCCGGAUCCGCAGGGCUACGGCCUCGUUUCCUGGAAAUCUUCACCUGGUUCUGGUUUUGCGACCCAAAGCUCAGUCACAGGGCACCGGGACCGACCUGGGCUUCCGCUUCACUCAGGAUGAUUUUACCCUCAAAAUGCCCGUGAUCAUGUUGAGUUCAGUGACUGACCUGUUGAGGUAUAUAGAUGAGAAUCAGCUGAGCGCUGAUUUCAGUGUGGAGUGCUGCUCCACAGACUGGAUCGUUCUGAGAACGGCGAUCGAGAGUUUUGCAGUGAUGGUAAAGGACGUCGCUCAGCUGCUGCAGGUAUUCGGUACCGAACUGGCUGAAACCGAACUGCCAGAGGAACCGAACGCCAUCGAGUACCUGCUCCGAUCUCACACUGAUAAAUACAGACAGAUGAAGGAUGAUAUUCGCUCAGUAAUGAAGGAGGGCCGACAGAUCCUGUCUAAUCUGGAACGAGUCAAAUCUGCAGAUGAAAAGGACAUCAAUCAGGACAGAGACACAGUACAGAGGUUACUGGCUCAGCUCAGAGAUAUGGAAACAGCUUUUGAUGAGUUUUUUGAGAAACACCACCUCAAAACGCAGCAAUAUCUCCUACUGCUACGAUACGAGCUCAGCUUUCACGAGAUGGAGGUGAAGCUGGAGGAAUUGAUUGGUCGAGAGAAAGCCAUUCCUGCAGCAGGAGUGAACGCAGCCCAGACUGAACAACUGCUCAAAGAUCUGCAGAACCUCGAUGCUCUAGCUGAGGAGGAGAUGGGCCGCGCUCAGGUCGUUAUUCUUCAUGGUCAUCAGUUAGCGGCGAGCCAUCAUUACGCUCUGGCUCUGAUCGUACAGCGCUGUAACGAGCUCCGACACCACUGUGAUACGCUGACUGCAGCACUGCGCAGCACACACACCUCGCUCACACACACACACACCCUGCAGCUCCGCCUGGAGGAGACCUUGCGCUGGUGUGAUGAGAGUGUGUAUCUGUUAGCCAAUCAGAUGUCUGAUAGGUUCCAGUCUAAAGAAGGAGCUCAGGAGGCGCUGAGAGACAUCGACAGACUGGUGGAGUCAAAACCAACACUCACCUACCCUCCUGAUACACACACACCUGAGAUACAGGCUCAGGUAUCAGUGGUGAUGGAGAAGUUCUCCUCAGUGCAGGUGAUGCUGCAGAACAGACAGGUGUGCCUGCGUAAAAUCACCUGUGUUCAGGUGAGACCCAUCCAACCCGUCUCACCCAGACCGGAGAGCCCGACCCGCCUCAAAUCACCGCUCUUCUCUCCUAAACACGGUUUUGAUGUGAACUCCGGUUUGAAGUUCUCCUUUGAUCUCUCUCUCCCAGGAAAACGAGGCGCCCGCAAAAACAGCUGCAGCAGGAAGAUCGAGGUGAUGCACGAUUUCGAGGAGGGGCGGAACGGGGUGUGUUAUGAAGCAGAGGGAACGGAGAACCCCGAACUGCACCAACGGCAUGUGAUGAAGGAGCUGAUCGAUACAGAGAAGAUCUACGUGGAGGAGCUGCUGGCUGUGUUACUGGGUUACAGAGCUGAGAUGGAUAAUCCUGCCCUCUCUCACAUCCUGCCCUCCGAGCUCAGAGACAAGAAGGAGGUGCUGUUCGGAAACCUACCAGAGAUCUACAAGUUCCACAGCAGGAUAUUCGUUCAGGAUCUGGAGAGCUGUCUGGAGAUGCCAGAGAGGGUUGGAGCACGAUUCCUGGAGAGGAAGGAGAACUUUCAGGUGUAUGAGCGUUACUGUCAGAACAAACCUCGCUCAGACGCGCUGUGGAGACACUGCUCAGAUUCACCCUUCUUCCAGGAGUGUAAGAAAAAGCUGAAACACAAACUGGAUUUGGAUUCAUAUCUACUCAAACCUGUACAACGUCUGACCAAAUAUCAGCUCCUCCUCAAGGAGCUGCUGAAGCACAGCACACACUCUCAGUAUGUGAGUGAACUGCAGGAGGCGCUGAAUGCCAUGCUGGACCUUCUCAAGUCGGUGAACGACUCCAUGCACCAGAUCGCCAUCACCGGAUACGAGGGGGACCUGUGUGAUUUGGGCAGGGUGCUGAUGCAGGGAUCGUUCAGCGUGUGGAUGAGCAGGAAGACGUUGCGGGUGAAGGACAUGGCGAGGUUUAAACCCAUGCAGAGGCACCUGUUCCUCCACGAGCGAGCGCUGCUGUUCUGUAAGAGACGAGAGGAGAACGGAGACGGAGCUGAGAGAGGAGCGUCCUACAGCUUCAAACACUGUCUGAGGAUGAGCGCCGUGGGAAUCACAGAGAACGUUAAAGGAGACGUGAAGAAGUUUGAGAUCUGGUACAGCGGGAGAGAGGAAGUGUACAUAGUGCAGGCUCCUACAGUAGAGGUGAAAUCAGCUUGGCUCUGUGAGAUCCGUAAAAUCCUCACCCACCAGCAGAAACCCCCCCAAGAUGAUGGUGCCGGUGCUGAUCCUCCUCCUCCGAUUGACAGUAUGGAGAGGGCGUCGGCCUGCAUGCCCUGGAGCCCCGCCCCCAUGGCAGGCUGCUCAGGUUGUUUUGAUGUCCCUCCUCACAGUAAGGGGGCGCCAGCGAACUCUGAUGAGUCGGCCUGCUCCAGUCUGGUUCUGACCGACCCCGUGGUGUUCUCGCCCCGCCCGCAGAACCGCAACCGGCGCAGUUGGCCGGGCACGUCUAACUCAGUGGAUCUCUGUGAGAGUUUGGAGGACUGGACCACCGACCUGUCCUUCAUCUCCGACACUGAUGAGGAGGACGAGGUUCUGCUGGUUCCCGGUAAAUACAGAGCCAUGGUGGACCAUCUAAAACGUGGUAAAGAUGAUGUCAUCAUUAAUCACGGUGAUGUCAUAGACGUGCUGCAGGAGGCCUCGGGCGGGUUCUGGUACGUCAGGAACGUGACGCGGGGGGGUGAGGGGCGGCUUCCUGCCGACACCCUGCUGAGAAUUCUGGGAAAUGUAGGCAGCAGGAGUCACGUGAUCAGGCCGGGAGGAGAAUCCACCACUCGGGAAAUAUGAGGAGAACAUACUAAAGGAUUAUUAUUAUCCAGCAUGAGCACAAACACACACACACAAACACACACAAACAAACACACACACACACAAACACACACACACACACAAACACACACACACACACACACGUUUGAUUUGAUGUUAAUUGAUUUUUAUGAACGGACUGAACUGAAGUGUACACCAGAGGGCGCUGUGGCAAACACAUCAUCAUUAAACACACACCCUCCACCUGGAGCCGAUGAGCGCUCAGUGAGGCGCCUCCACGCCCCCUCUGCUGGCCGUAAUCAGUGGUGCAGCUUACGAGCAUCUCGGGCUGCGUCCCAAUCCACAUCGUACUGAACUAAAUACUGGUUGUGCUCACAGCCACGUCACUGCCUUCAUUUACAUUUUCAGCAUUUAGGGGGGGGGGGGCGCCUUUGUUCAAAGGAACUCCUACAGAACAUUAUACAGUCUAAGCAAUUCCAGGUUGGGCCCAACAGUGGCAACCUGGCAGUGGUGGAACCAGCAACGUUCUGUUUACUAGUCCAGUACCUUAACCACUAGGCUACACCUGCCUUCAUCAAACCAAGACGUUCUUCUCCAGGCUGAUGGUGGAUCAUGUGAAGAUGAGCUGAAGCUCCUGACCUGUGUCGUGUUGCUGUGGUUUCCUGAGGUUCACUGAGCAUCAUCAUGAUAUUCCAUUCUGAUUGGUGGUACACAUGGACAUGAGGAUGUGAGACAUGAAUUGUACAGGAAGUGCCAAAAAUGAUAGAUUUUUACUGUUGUUGUGCUUUACACCAUCGUGUAUUUACUGAUGUCAUGUUUGUAUGAUGUCACUAGUGUGUUCUGAACUGAUUGGUUCAUCUGUACAGAUUUAUAAACAGUGAGUCAGGGUGAAUCAGUGCGGCUCGUCCCAAUACAUUAGAGCCCUUACUCCUCCCUCAUGGUGCCCUUUGACCCCUGCUGUUAGUAAGAUCUCACUGUGUUGUUCUGUAUUGUGUCAGUCAGCUGCAGCUGAAAGUGAUUUAUAGCCACGAACGUUCCUUCCUGUUGAGCCUCGGUCCAGUUUAACAGUGUAGAAAUGUAAACGUGACCCCGUGGUGACCCCUCUCUUUAGUGUAAUAGACAGCAGAUUUUCAUUAAAUGAAAUGCUAGAUGGCACCCAGGUGGCACAGCGGGAUAUUCCUCUAGCACACCAGCACCGAGCUUCUGGGCGCCAUCUAGCGGGCAUAACUGGCAGUGCCUGCAGCAGAGAGUAAUUGGCCACCGUAUCUGCAGGGUGGGGGCCGGACGAUGUGUGUGUGGGCGGGUCUUCAUACGCUGUGUAAGGACCCUGAUUGGUGGAAGAGACGCCUGUGCAGAAUGCAGGGGUGAGAAGAGGAGGGCGUGUACACGUGUCGGAGGGUCGGAGGAGGCGUUUACAGCGACGUGCUCUCCUCAGAUACAGUCGGGUAUCUCUCAACAGCAAAGGAUAAAAUUGAGUCACUAAAUCAGGAGGAAAAUGCAUUAAAAAAUAAAAUGUUAGACUUCUCUGAGGCCUUCACACGGUUUGCUCUCUCACCACAAAGUUCUGAGUUCAGUACAAAUAUCAGGGAGUGAAAAUAUUAUUCAUGCUGAUUUAUUUCUGGUUUGUGCUGAUUUGAAUCUCUGCACAGAGCUGCUGAGCUCCACCUCAGAUCUGAUCAACAGUCCAAGUCUUUUAAUUUACUGAGGUUAUAAGCUGUGAGGAUGAAGCUGCUGAACAUGGAGGAGAAUCAGGUGAACGUUUAUCACUUCUGCACCCAGACGUUCAGACGUAACCAGACGAGCACAAAACGUAAAGAAACCUGGUGGUUUUGUGUUCUGUUCUCUCUCUCUGUGUGAAAUGUAUUUGAAAUGAAACGAUUUUCUGUCAUGUUAAAAAAAGUAAAAAUGAUUC